UAAAAAUGCAAUUGCAAAUAAUGAAAAAAUUGUGGUGGAGCAGAGGGGAUUGGAGCAGCUAUUUCAAGAGAAGGAAAAUGAAGAAAGAGAAAUAGUGUUGACUAUAAUAUCGUUGCUAUUAGAAAAACAAAUGGAUCAAUUAAAGAAAUUUAACUUAAUCAAUAUUUCACUAGGUAGUUACUAUAAUGAAACCAAGCCAAGUAAAGAUGUAUUACGAAUUUUAGCAUCACCGCCCUUUUCAUAUCCAUUGUCACCAGAGUCUUUCGAAAGGGCUAUUAUAAGUGGUAGUUUUGCAGUAUUUAAAGAAUUUAUACAGUUAGCACAUGAAACCAACACGGUCAUUUUAAAUAACCAUAUUAGAAAAUAUUCCAUCGAUUUAGUAUUUUACACGAAAAAUAAAGAUAAAUUAAAAAGAAAAAGAGUUCAUUAUAUAAAUGAUUUAAUAUUGGAGUUUAUUCUAAAUCAACCAGAUUAUUUCAAUAUUGUUCAACAAGAAGAGGUAACCAAAGAUUAUGAACAUGUUAGGAAAAAGACCAAGUUGCAAGAAAGAAACUGUUUAAAUUAUUAUAUUAUAAAUAACAACUUGUUUUAUUUUGAUGAUAAAGAUAUUUCAGAAAUUUUUUCAAUUAAAUCAAAAGAAUUGCAAAUUAGGUUAUUAGAAUUAAAUUAUUUCAAUACAAUCAAUAAAAAUCAUUUAAGAGAAUUAAGGGUCGAAAGUUCAAAAUUUAAUGAAUUAAUAGAAAAGGUUAAAAAUUUUUUAAUUUUUUUCAAAAAUAAUAAUAACAAUAGCAAUAAUAAUAAUAAUAAUAAUAAUAAUAAUAAUAAUAAUAAUAAUUAUAAUCAGUUAAAAGAAUUAUACAGGUUAUAUUCAAAAUAUUCAAUUGUAAUUUUCAAUCAAUUUUUAAAAAAAUAUAAUGAAAUAGAUAUCGAAUUAAUAGAUCAAAAUAAAGAUUAUUUAAAUAUUGUUUUAGAAAAAAUAUUUAAAGGUUUUUCAAUCAAUUAUCUGAAAUCUCUACUGUCAAUAUCCAGUAAAAAUCAAAUGAAGUACCAUGAAAAAAUCAAUAGUUAUAAUGAUUGCAUUUUUUAUCAAGAGAGUAAAAGCAAAUUAAUAUCAAAUAAUACGUGGCUUUUUCAAUUACCCAGUAUUAACAGCAAAUCAUUUUUAAAGAAAUUUAAAGUGGGAAAGGUAAAACAAUUCAUCAAAUACUACACAUCACUAGAGUCUAAAAACGUCAUAAACAAGUCCUUUGAUGAUUCAAUAAUAUAUAAUUUAUUUUUAAAUUUUAAAGAAGAGGAGUAUGGCCAAUUUUGGGAAUUAAUUUCAAGUAAUUGCAAAAGAUUCAAUAACACAUACCCAGAAACUUGGAAUUAUUUAUUAGAUUUCAGUAAGAACAACACCUCAUUUAUAAACCAUGGUUACAUAACAAUAAAAAAUAAGGAGGCAGUGGAUUGGUUAUAUAAUAGCUUGGACUAUUCAGUUGUAAACAGUUAUUUUACCGAGCACCUGCAGUACUUUGAAAAAAACAAUUUGUUAAAUAAGGGUAAAUCAAUGAUAUAUCUUUUCAAAUUUUCAAAUUUAGAAAUAUUAAACUAUGCUAUGCAAGUGUUUGAACAAAGCCCAGAAAUGAAGUUUUCAGAUUUAUUGGACAAUGAUAUACAGUUGGUUAAUCAUUUAUAUGAAAAGAUAUACAGAAAGGCUCUAGAGGAGUAUAGUUGCAAUGGCUUUAAUAAAGAUAGAAAAACAAAACAGUUCAUCGAAAAUUUAAAAACAAAGGAAAAUCGAAUACAGCUAAUAGAAUAUUUAAACUCGAUUCACUUUAGCACAUUUUCAAUAAAUUUUUUUAAAUUGUUUAUAGAAGGCAUUUCUGCAUGGUACCUUUGUAAUAAUGAUAGCAUAGACUUUACAAAUCACUUCAAUAACUGCCCCAGUGACAGCUUAGAAGAAUUAUUUUUUGAAAAAAUGUUUAGUGGCCUUAAUGUAAUAAAGUUUUUGGUUUCAGCAGAUAUAAAUCCCAUCAAGUGUUUCCCACAAGAAGAAUUUUUACACACAAUAAAGCAAUAUUAUAAACCUCAGAAUGACUUUUAUAUAUUUCAAGAUUUUAAAACUUUAAAUGAUGGGUCAUUACCAGAAAUAAUAGAGAAUUAUGUAGAUUUAUUCAAAGGCCAUUCAGAGAACUAUCGCUAUGUAAUCAAUUUAUUGUAUAGUUUUUUAAUACAAUCAAAUAUAGGUAUUGAAAAGAUAAAAUAUAUAUAUAAUCUAAUCAAUAUUCACUACCCAACACUUUUAGAUCACACCUCAUUCCACUCAUUGUUUUACUUAUGCAAAACACCAAUUAUCAAAAAAUAUAUAUUAGAUAUCUCUCAUACAUUUAAUCAAUGCAGUUUUUUUGAAAAUAAGGUUUCACAAAACCCUCUUUUAAAUUUCGCCCAAUAUUUAGAUCCACAAAAAUUUACAAUUCAGUUUUUAUAUGGAGACAAAAAUAAUGAAAAUGGGUUAUCAUUCGAACAAAUGAUAGAAGAAGUAAUUCAAGUAAUAAUAAUAGCACCUUUAAAAAAAGCAUUCAGUUCAAUUAGUGCAGAAGAUGAUCAUAAAGUUUUCUUUUAUUCACUAUCUUUAAAUACCAACUUAAUUUAUUUUUUAGAAAUUAGAAGGGUAGAUUUAUUUUAUAAACAUAUUCAAUUUAUAGUAAGCCUUUUUCAUACAUACAUACCAAUCAAUCACUUACUAAAAGAAAUAACAGAUGAUUCAUUCGAGCCGGAAGAUACAGACUAUCAGAUUAGACCGUUGAUGCAAGGUAUAGAUUAUAAAGCUCUACCCGAUCCAAAUGAUUUAGAAAACCAAGCUAAAUUCAAUAGCAGAGAGCCAUUAUAUUGUUUUUAUUUUAAUCAACAAAUAAUCCAAACUAUAAAAAUUUCGAGAAUACUUGAUAAGAAAAAAUAUAAAAAUAAAUUAUAA